AUGAUCCUGCUGCCGGAAAACAUUUCCGGUUACAAUGAGAAACAAAGAGUUGCGGUUGGAAUUGCAAGGAUUAAAUUCCAGGCGCUUCACGAGGAACCUAAAUUCCAAAUGUUGAGAAAUACAAAUAUCAUGUCACUUGUGCCAUUAUGUGAGGAACGAAUCAUCUGCAAUAAAGGAGUUGAUCUAGAAUUAAACGACUCCCAGAAAUUGGAGUUCCGACUCCCAAAUUUCUGGGACGUCGCAAGGACCGUCUGCGGACGGUCUUCAGGACGUCCAACCCCGAAAUUGGGAGUCGGAACUCCAAAACCUUCAAAAGGUUUGGGAGUCGUUCCCCCCCAAAAAAAAUGA